AAUGGUUAAGAUAUUUGACAUUUUACAAAUGUUAAAUGUUAUGAGACGAAAUGUUAAAUAUACUAUAUAUUUGUUAUUAUAUUAAUCUUUAAAAUAAAUAAAGAUAAAUGUUAUAAAUUAAAAAUAUAUUAAAGUAAAACUAAUGUUUGAGAAAAAUGUUUGAAAGUGAUGAUUGGGAUCUUGAUCAGGAAUUCUUGAACGAUGUAGAUAAUAAAACAAAUAAAUAUUAUUCUCAAAAAGACAAUCAAGAAAGUGAACCUAAAAGACGUAAAAUAGAAAUGAAGAAUGAUCUAAUAUUUGCAUCUAACUGUGAUGUAUCUUGUGGAGAAAAUAGUUUAAACAAAAUUACAAAGAAAUAUGAUGAAAACAAAGAUUUAAGGAAAAAUUUAAUUCUUGGGAUAUUUAAUAAGAAUUUACAAAAUAAGAAUGAAUUUAAAGAUGCGUUAAAUGAUCCAAAAAGGACAUGUAACAACACUUUAUCAAACAUUUCUAUUAAUCAAAUACACAACUGUAAAAAUAAUCAAUUACCCAGAAAAAAUUUAGUACUUGGAAUUCUCAAAAAUCGAACUGCACAGAAUGGUGUUAUAAAAGAUAAUAUAAAGAAUUUAGAAUUAAAACAAACUGCAUCGAAAAUUGAUGAAAAAACAGAAAAUACAUCAUUUAAUAAUGAAAUAGAAUAUCAAAUCUCUAAAGCUAUUUCUGAAAUUCAAAACAGAUCAAACAGUGAUAAUCCUAAUUCAUCUUUAUUUGAGAAUUCAAAACAACAAUUAUUGGAUAAUAUGUUAAAGCAAAAGUCUAUAGAUAAUAUACAAGCCAAAAAUGAUAUUACAAAAAGCAAUUUUUUUAAAGUUCCACAAGUAAAGUCCAAUAAAAAGAUGACAUUAGUCAGAAAAUUUCCUGGUCCAGCUGGAUUAUUACCAGAUGAUAUAGACUCGAAUAUAACAUGUAUUUCAUAUUUAAAUAAUUUAGAAGAAAGCGACAUAAUGAAUAAAAAGAAUGAUUCAAAUAAUUUAUCUGAAUAUUGUUCUCAAACUACAAAAAAUUUGUUUACAGAAGGUGCUUGGCAAUUAAUGUUGAAUGAUUUGCCAGAUGGUUUUUUGAAAGGCCAUGAUAUCGCUACAAUUAAACAAAUAGCAAAUAUGAAUGGUUUCAAUAGUACAAAAAUUAAAUUUUUGGCAGGAAUAGUAGAACAUAUAGAUUAUAGUCAUGAUAAUCCUCCUAUAGUUUUGAAAGAUUUCACGGACAGUAUUCAUGGAAUUCUGCACAAGAAUAUACCACUUAAAUAUCCUGGUUUAUUAGAAUGUAAUGUUGUUGUCCUAUUACAUGAUGUAGGCCUUUUAAGAAUCUCUGGAACGUUUGUUUCAAAUAAAUAUCAAAUUUUAAUUUCACCUUCUAGUUUAUUAGGAAUUUAUACGAGUAAAGGUACAAUAGAACGUACAGAAUAUAUGGAAGCAAUUUUUGAAAAUAUUUCAAAAAAAAGAACAAAGACAGAAGAAAACGAUUGCACUACUGCAAUGGCUUUAAAGGAAUAUUUGUUAGAAAAUGAUGGUCAAUUCACUGUGGAAAAUACGUGUAACAGUAUAGAAAAUAGUAGUAGAAAAGAUCCAAAUUUUUUUACAAUUCUGAAUGAAACAAACAAGAAUAUGAACGAACCGAUGAAUUUUGAUACUGAUUUAUCUUUUUCAGUUUCUUUCAAUAAAAUUACAGAUUUACAAAAUCAAAACAAUUUUAAUGGUUCUAUGUCCAGAAAUUUAAAAUAUGUAAAAGAAGAAAGUAAAGAACAAAAAUUUAAAAUGUCACUACCAAAACAAGAGAAAAAUACACAGAAUAACAAUGAAGAGAAAGUUACAGAUUUAUUCAAAUCUAUAAGAAAAUUUGUUCCAAAUGCAAGUGAAAAAAAAUGUUUUUCUCAUAAUUUCAAACAAACAAAUGCUAGACAUUUGUCAACAAUAAAUAUCUCUUCUAAACAGAAUACAUCUGAUAGAUUAAACAAUAUAUUUUCUGAAAAAGUGGAUAUUGAUAAAUGUUUGGAGGAAACUGCUUCUUCAGUUUCUUAUAAAAAGAUGAAAAGUUCCUCUAUGGUACGAUCUAAAUUACUGCAAUUUAAAAAUGCAGAUACAUUAACAUCUCCAAAAAAUUCUGCAUCCAUAAUUGUACUAGAUUCGAAGGAAAUAUGUGAAAAGUUAUCAGAAAAAGAUCUUCCCAGAACUUCAAGUUUUAUGUGUAAUGCAAUUAACAAUAUUGAAAAUGACUCUGACGAUGAAAUGUUAUCUCAAUUAGACAUGGAUCUAUUAGAUCAUUUUCAGUAAUAACAGUAAAAGAUAGAAAUCUAUGAUAUCAUGGACAA